AUGAUCAUAAGGGGAUCGAUGGUCCUAACCCUGGUCCUGGGACUAUUGUCGGUGGACCAAAAUGGCGGCCAGGCGAACGGCCAAGAGAAACACACGUCCGACUAUUUUCUCCGCAACCUACCUCAAAGGGUGAUGCGGCUGGUGCCUAGAAGGUCGCCGAUGUUGCCGCAGGACAGCGCCACGAUGGGCCUGGCGAUGCAGAGCAGAGCCGUUGACACCAGGGUUCAACUGGAGGUCAGGGAGGGAGAGCCGAAGGGAACUCUCGUUGGUCUGAUACCGGUUAAGCCUGGAUUCACUUAUAGAUUCAACGAGCCACCGCAGGAAUUCGUUCUCGAUCCGGAAACUGGUAAAAUACGCACGGCCAAGGUGUUGGACAGAGAAGCGUUGAGCAGCGACAGAUUCGAUCUCGUCGUAUUAUCGAGUCAACCGACCUAUCCGAUCGAGGUAAGAAUCUUGGUGUUGGAUAUCAACGACAACGAUCCAGAGUUCCCGGAAUCUGGUAUAGCCGUGAGUUUCUCCGAAUCGGCGGUUGUCGGUACGAAAUUACUGCUCGACGCUGCAACCGAUAAAGACACUUUGGAGAACGGUGUUGUGGACGAUUAUUUCAUCGUGGACGGCAACACGGACGGGAAGUUUCGACUGGAGGUAACCGGCAAUCCUACAGGCGAAACGUCCUAUCUACACUUAGAGACCACCGGUAAACUAGACAGGGAACAAGUGGAGUUCUACUCGUUGAACGUUUGCGCGAGGGACAGAGGUCGUCCGCCCAGAUUGGGCUACCUUCUGGUAAACGUGACCGUACUGGACGUGAACGACAAUCCACCGAUCUUUCAACAAAGCGACUACGUGGUCGCUUUGAACGAAAGUGCUCCAGUUGGUACGAAAGUGUUGACCGUUCACGCAACCGACAAAGAUUCCGAGGACAACUCCAAGCUAACCUAUUAUCUACCGGAUCACGAGAGACAGUUCACGAUAGAUCCAGAGACCGGUACGAUCACAACGGUGGAACCAUUGGAUUGUCCUCAACAGAGCUGCACGAUCGCGGCACGUCCAGGUGGCGGUUGUCCAAAGAGCUGCGUCAUAACGGUCUUUGCUCGAGAUCACGGCUCGCCGAGGCAGGAUGGCCGGACCUAUGUAACGGUGAAUCUAUUGGACGCGAACGAUCACGAUCCUGAAAUAAAGUUCAGCUAUUUCCCCUCUACGCCGGGUUUCGCGACGGUCGACGAGAACGCAGCCAAGGAUUCGAUCGUCGCCGCGGUAGCUGUGAUCGACAACGACGAAGGUUUGAACGGCGAGACCACCGUGGAAAUUCGUGCUGGAAACGAAUUGGCCCAUUUCCGUCUGGACAAUACGCAGAGGUUCGACAUCGUGCGUGUGAACGGUCGAUUGGACCGCGAGGAGAUACCGAAAUACAACCUGACCGUGGUCGCGACCGAUAAAGGAACGCCGCCGCGAUCGGCAACCGCCUACCUCGUGAUCCACGUGAACGAUGUUAACGAUCACGAACCGGUCUUCCAGCAGAGCGAAUACUCCGCCGUGCUGUCGGAACUUUCGCCUACCGGCAGCUUCGUCGCGAGCAUCUCGGCAACCGACGCCGAUUCCGGGUUGAACGCGAGGAUUUAUUACGACUUCGACACGGGAAACGAGCAGGGUUGGUUCUCGAUAGAUCAAGACACAGGUCUCGUCACCACUGUGGCCACCCUCGACAGAGAGGUUCAAGGUAGCAUAGAGCUUCACGUGUCGGCCAGAGACGGCGGUCCUAAUCCCAAGUACGCGUCCACUCAUCUCAAGGUUACCAUACUAGACGAGAACGACGAAGCGCCUAGGUUCUCGCAGAACGUCGUCGAGGUAACUCUGUCGGAGAACACACCGCCGCAGAGUCUAGUCGCGACUCUAACAGCGGUGGACAACGAUCAAGGGACGAACGGCAGCGUUGCUUACAGCUUCCACUCGAGCGUAACCAGAGAUUAUCCGAAAACGUUCGCGCUGGACGGGCUAACCGGUCAGUUGACGACGAAGGUUAACCUAGACAGAGAGAGCACCGGCGAGUACAGGAUUCUGGUGAUCGCGAAGGAUCAAGGUACACCACCGCAGACGUCCACGGCGACUGUGAUAUUAACUCUGGAGGAUGUGAACGACAAUUCGCCGGUUUUUUACCCGUGGAGGUACUUGAUGCCCAUACCAGAAGACGCCCCGCCAGGAAGCUCCGUGGGCAAGGUGACGGCGACCGAUGCCGACGCCAGGGAGAACGCUCAAGUGAGAUACUCGCUGGAAUCUGGCGGCGAGGGACUUUUUGCCGUGGACGAGCGAACCGGAGAGAUCACUCUUCAGGGCUCUCUCAGAGCUGCUCACAAGACUCUCUACGAAUUGAACAUAUCGGCUAAAGACACCGGCGACAAGACUGCAACGAGGAACGCUUUGGUAGAGAUCAUACGCGAGGAAGAUCUCGAGCAUCUCGAGUUCGACACUUACAACGGUUACGAGUUUCGAAUAGCCGAGGACAGAGGUGAAUGCACUUCGACGUCGAACGUGUUUAGCAGGGACGUGGGUACUGUACAGGUCACGCAGUACGGUAAUUCCAAGAUCUCUUACGCCAUUGUGUUCGGCGAUCCAAGGGGUAGCUUCAAGAUAGACGAGGCAACGGGGACCGUCACAACCUCCGGCUGCCUGGACCGCGAACAGCUGGCCUACUACAGUCUGCAAUUAUCCGCGAGAGCUGGGCUCGCUUACGGGCAAACCGCGGUGAAUAUCACGGUCCUCGACGUGAACGACAAUCCGCCGAGGUUCCCGAAAGGUGAGAUCGGCGACGAGGUGUUUCUCAAGGAGAACGCGGCUGUUGGACAGGAAGUGUGCCUGGCUAGAGCUAAAGAUCGAGACGCGAGCGCCAACGCGAGGAUCGUUUAUUCCCUGACGCACAACCCCGGUGGACAAUUUAGAGUAGCUGAAAAUUCAGGUAUCAUCUACCUGGACAAGCCUAUCAGAGCUGCUCCAGGCACCGUUCUACACCUCGAGGUAACUGCCACGGAUUCCGGUAAUCAGCCGUUGUCCGCUCAGCAUCAGGUUAGAGUUACCAUCGAAGACGUGAACGAUCAUACACCUGUGUUCAAAUUGACCAGCUACGAGACUUCUCUGCCCGAAUCUACGCCUGUGAACGACAGAUUCUUCUCUCUAACUGCCACUGACGUCGAUCUAGGCAGAAACGGUAGAGUGUUGUACAGCGUCACCGAUGGAAACACCGAGAGUCAUUUCGGUAUAUUCCCGGACGGACAGUUGUACGUGAAGAACGUGCUGGAUAGAGAGGAACAGGAUUACUACGCUUUGGAGGUGACAGCGACGGAUCAGGGUAACCCUUCGAGGAGCUCCGUGGUCCCAGUGGUCGUCCACAUAAUCGACGAAAAUGACAACGCGCCGGAAUUCACCAAUUCCAGCUUCAUCUUCCACCUACGCGAGAACGAGCCACCGGACACGUUCGUCGGGAAAUUAUUGGCCACGGACAGAGACGUGGGUCGUAACGCUGAUCUGAUGUUCUCCCUGCCUACUAGUCAACAGGACUUCAUCGUCGACCCGAGGAACGGUUUCAUCAAGUCGUUGAGGGUGUUCGACAGGGAGUUGCUUGUCACUAACACAGGUAGCAGCUACAUCACCUUGGAGGCUACCGUCACCGACAACGGAGUGAAUCGUCUUCGCGACAGAGUGAAGGUUGUCAUCUACGUGACAGACGUGAACGACAACAUCCCUCAGUUUCAGAGGUUACCGUACAGGGUUCAGGUGAACGAGGGCGCAGCUAGGGGAACGCAAUUGCUGAGAGUAUACACCACCGAUGCCGACGAAGGACUGAACGGCGACGUGUUUUACUCGUUGGAAGAUGGAAAUCAGAACGGACAUUUCGCCAUAGACGAAGCUACCGGACAGAUCUCUCUGACGAAAGAAUUGGAUCGUGAAACAUCGGACACUUACGUGUUAACCGUGGUAGCUCACGACGCUGGCUUAGAGACACGCCUCUCAUCGCGUACCACCGUUCACGUAGAAGUGCUCGACGAGAACGACAACGUGCCCCUGUUCGUCGACAAUAAAUCAAGGAUCUCCGUUCUAGAGACGACCGCGACCAACACGGAACUACUCAGGUUCAAAGCCACGGAUAACGAUCUCGGGCCGAACAGCGAGCUGGCCUUCGCCAUAUCCGCUGGUAACAGAAGGGACACCUUCUACAUCGAUCCGUUGACGGGCACGUUAUACCUGAGGAAGCCGCUGGAUUACGAGGAACUGGAGAAGUACACUCUGAACGUGACCUGCAGCGACGGGGGUCAUCCUAGGCUCAGCUCUGUGACCACGCUGAUCGUCGAGGUGAUCGACGCCAACGACAAUCCUCCGGUCUUCCCGAACACCGCGAUAGCUAGACAAAUUAGAGAGGGCAUCCUCGUUCAUACGCCUAUAGUCACUAUCACAGCGGAGGAUCCUGAUUCGAACGAGAACGGCGUGGUCACAUAUUCCAUCGCGAGUCAAGAUCCGGAGGAUCAGGUUCGAAGGUUCGGUAUAAAUCCAUCGACAGGUGUUAUACACACGUUGCUGCCGAUAGACAGAGAAGAAGUCGACACGUACAAGUUGGUAGUGGUAGCUACCGAUAGUGCGCAACCGUCCAGCGCUAGAUUAUCGGCGGAGAAACUUGUGAUAGUGAUCGUAGAGGAUAUAAACGACAACGCGCCGAUUUUCGUCAGUAUGUCAGCUGUGGUGUUACCGUUGAAGGGGAAUUAUCAGUUUCAAAAGGAGAUCACCGUCACUCAAUUAGUCGCGAGAGAUUUGGAUUCCAGUACGAACGGACUUGUUACUUACGAGCUGCUCCGUUCCAGCGUGAAUUACUCGGACAUGUUCAGAAUUCACAGGAACACCGGUCAUUUGACCAUGAGAUUACCGAGGUCCCUGAAGAGCAAUUUCGAGCGGGUCUCCAAGUAUCAAGUUGGUAUUCGCGCGACAGACGAGGCUGUACAAGCUGAAAGAAGGUCCACGGAGACCUAUUUGACUUUGAUAGUGCCGGGCGAAGAGGGUGACGAUCAGCCAAUUUGGGAGCAUCGGGGUGAAAUCGAAGGUAGCGUUUACGAGAACGAACCGAUCGGUACGAGUAUAUUAAGAGUGAGUGCACGAAGCCGUAGAUCGAACAUCGAUCUCGAAUAUUACGUGACGAACGUGACCGCUGGUAGCGGCGGUCCGCAGGUCGACAGAUUGUUCGACGUGGACACGAAGACAGGUAUAUUGUCGACGGCUGCCGCGUUGGACAGGGAAACAGGAAUCCAAUGGUACGAGGUGGAGCUGUACGCCAUCGGUGUUGGUGGUACCAGGCCCAGUACGACAUCCACCAAAGUUCGCGUGACGGUUCUAGACAAGAAUGACGUGGCACCGACCUGGGGUACGGGCACCUGGAAAUUCAAAAUCUCCGAGGAGGCACCCCCGAACACCGUGGUGACCGUACUGAAAGCGUUCGAUCCGGACACGAUCGGUACGCUGACAUACACCCUGGUACCGAAUCAUCGCGUCGGUCCUGUUAACACCGACAACAAUCGGUACGAGCCGGAGAACGAAACCGAGUGUCAGUUCAAGCUUCAUCCUACCACGGGACAACUGACUCUCGCGGAGGCGCUCGACAGAGAAACCCGGGAAAAGUAUGUCCUGAAAGUUCGAGCCGAUGAUGGAUUGCAGCACACCGACAUCACGUUGACCAUUCAGGUGACAGACACAAACGACAAUGCUCCAACGUUCCAAAGCACCGCCUAUUCCUUCGACGUUCCAGAAAACAUGCCAAGAGGAAGUCGAAUAGGCCAGGUCGUCGCAACAGACGCCGAUGCCGAUGGCCCAAAUAGUCAACUGAGCUACACCCUGAUCUCAGAUUGGGCUAACGACGUCUUUUCUCUAAAUCCUAGUACCGGAGUGUUCACUCUGACCGCGAGCCUCGACUACGAACAGGUGCAACACUACAUUCUGGUGGUCCAGGCGACGGAUGGCGGUAUUCCAGCGCUUUCCUCGACCGUGACGGUCUACUGCAACGUAGUGGAUCUGAACGACAACGCGCCGAUCUUCGAGGCGGGGCCACACGCCGCGGAUAUCGUGGAGAAUACAACGAUCGGCACCCCGAUCCUAUCCGUGGCCGCACAGGACCUCGACUCCGGCGAUAACGGCAGGGUAAUUUACGCUGUCGCCGGCGGUGACGAGAACGGUGACUUCGGAGUGGCACCGAACGGCACCCUCUUCACUCGCAAGUUGCUCGACAGAGAACAGAAGCCCCUUUACAAUUUGGUCCUCAGCGCUACGGAUAGCCCUCUGCCACCGGCUCGUCCUUUGUCCUCCACCGUGCAGGUGACUGUGGUGUUGCUGGACGUAAACGACAUGUCUCCGGAGUUCAUAUCACCUACGAAGAUUUCGAUAAUAGAGAACGCGCCGAGUAACACGGUGGUGAUGGCCAUUAAGGCGGUGGACAGGGACGAAGGACGGAACGGAUACGUGGAGUACUCCCUCGAGGACACGAUGCUCCCCUUCACCGUGGGCUCCGUAGAUGGACUACUGCGCGUAUCUGGCUCGCUGGAUCGCGAAUUAAGGUCGAACUACACCUUGGAGGUAACCGCGAAAGACCGUGGUGAACCACCAAGAUCGUCCUCGACCACGGUCACUGUCACGGUCCUCGACGAGAACGACAAUUCGCCUGUCUUCGACCCCCGACAAUAUUUCGCCACCGUCGCUGAAAACGCCAGUAUCGGUGCAAGUGUUCUCCAGGUAUCGGCAAUGGAUAGGGACGAGGGUGCAAACGGUAGAGUGAGAUACAGCAUCGCUAUGGGCGACGACAACAGAGACUUCACGAUCUCCGAAGACGGCGGAGUGAUCAGAGUAGCGAAGAAUUUAAAUUUCGAACGAAAAUCCAAGUAUCAUUUGACAAUUCGAGGGGAGGACUGUGCCUCGGAAGUAGGGGAGACACCGAGAGGUGAUACCGCACAGGUCACCAUCACUGUCCUCGAUAUAAACGACAACGCACCUGUCUUCCUGGAUUCACCCUAUUUAGCGCACGUUAUGGAGAACAUGGUACCACCGGGAGGAGGAUUCGUGAUACAGGUGAAAGCUUACGACGCAGACACACCACCGUACAACGACCAAGUGAGGUACUUUCAAAAAGAGGGUGACACGGAUCUGUUUCGAAUAAACGCUAGCACUGGUGACAUUUUUCUGCUUCGGCCUUUGGAUAGAGAAUUGGUACCGGAGUACACUCUCACAGUGGACGCAAUGGAUACCGGUUCUCCGCCGUUGACUGGAUCGGGCAUCGUUAGAAUCGUCGUUCUGGAUGUCAACGAUCACAUUCCGGAAUUCACCAGGCAAGAGUACAAGGCGACUGUUACCGAAAAUUCUGCUUCCGGUACCUGGGUUACCAAACCGUACGCAACCGACAAAGACGAAGAUCUUAACGCUUUGAUUAGGUACAGUUUACUCGGUGAAUAUUCGGAACGUUUCACCGCUGAUCCAGAAACUGGCGAGGUUUUCACCGUGGUACCCCUAGAUCGCGAACAAACAGCUGUCUAUCAUCUAACACUGGUCGCUCAAGACUCGAGUCCCACGGAACCACAGGCUUCUGCUGUUAAUUUAACAAUUUUCGUGAAGGACGUGAACGACAAUGCGCCGAGAUUUUCUAGUCCAAGAUACACGGCUUACGUGCCAGGUGCAACUAAACCAGGGGAUUUCGUGUUCGGCGCGAAAGCAGUGGACGACGACGACGGCGAGAAUUCCCGGAUCGUGUAUCGUCUCCAGGGAAUCGACGCGGAGAAGUUCGCGAUCGAUUCUAACAGCGGUGUGAUAAGAGCCACCCAGGAGUUGGCCAAUGAUGAAACCACCUACCAAUUGCAAAUCCAAGCGUCAGAUUGCGGCGUGAAACCGCAAUCGGUCACAGCCGACCUAGUCAUACAUCUCUGGGAGAGGCAACUGUUCCCUAGUUUUCGUUCGACGAUCACCACCAGGUUCACGUUACCCGAGGACGUGUCCGAGGGACGCGUGAUCACGAAAUUGAGCGCGACCACGCCGAAAAUUGGAGCCGCGAGUAAUCUCGUUUACGCAAUGGCAGGUGGAAACGUCGGUGACGCGCUCAAGAUCGACCAGCACACCGGAGAGGUGUUGGUGGCGUCAGGGUUCGAUUACGAAACAGCGCCGUUCUACGAAGCCUGGGUCGAGGUUCGUGAUUCGGACACUCCAGCAUUGAGAAGUGUUGUGCAACUACUCGUGAACGUAACAGACGCGAAUGAUAAUGCACCGAUAAUGGAGGCGUCCAUCUACAACGCCACAGUUCCCGAAGACGAAUACCCGCCCCUCUUCGUUUGCAAAGUUUCAGCCAAGGAUCGUGACUCCGGUGAGAACGGUCAGGUGUCCUAUUACCUGGUCAACGAUUUCACCGAGACUUUCAUCAUCGAUUCUGACACCGGUGAAAUUAGCACCAACGCGAAAUUGGACCGUGAGGAGAUUGCAUCCUACGAGCUAACAGUGGAGGCCAGAGACCAAGGACAGCCCUCGUUAACAGGCACAACCACUGUACUACUCACUGUUUUGGAUAAGAACGAUAAUCCUCCACAAUUCACUCGAUUAUUCGGCGUAAACGUGACGGAGAACGCGGAAAUUGGGACGUUCGUUAUUAGGAUAACCAGCAGCGAUCUGGAUAUUGGCCAGAAUGCGAAUGUUACGUACAGGUUCACCGACAAUCCUGGUAGAAAGUUUACUCUGGACGCUUUGAGCGGUAACGUGACGGUGAAUGGACAUUUGGACAGAGAGGAACAGGAUGAAUAUCUAUUGAAGCUAGUAGCAGCAGACGGAGCCUGGCAGUCAGCCACAGCCCUGACGAUAUCAAUCCAGGACCAAAACGACAAUCCCCCGAAAUUCGACGAGGAAUCCUAUCACUUCCACUUCCCGGAGCUCCAGCCACCUGUUGCACACGUGGGCCAAGUGACAGCUAUCGAUCGCGACAAGCAAGGACCAAACUCGAUGAUAUCGUACAGCCUGUUGCAACCCUCGGACCUUUUCACCGUCGACCCAGCCACCGGCGACGUCUUCAGCAAGAAAACCCUCAAAUACAAACACACUCAUCGUCCGUCGUCGCCUGAGAACCUGUACUCUUUAACAGUAGUGGCUACCGACAACGGAAAACCUCCUCUGUCGUCCAAAACGGUGAUCUACGUGAGCGUGGUGGACGCGAACAACAAUGCACCGAGAUUCGAGCAGAGAUCCUACCUCUAUCCUGUACCUGAGAACUACGGAGUCGGCAAACGAGUGAUACAACUGGUCGCGAAAGACGACGCGGACUUCGGUGUGAACGCGGAGAUCAGCUACUUCCUGGUGAACGUCAACGGAAGCGAGUACUUCUCCAUCGACGAGAAAUCUGGAUGGGUGUACGUUAGGAAAAGCUUGAACAACGUCGCGGUUGGAACAACGUUCCUAUCGAAGGCACAGGCGAUAGACAAAGGAGUACCGCCGCAGAAGGACGAAGUUUCCUUGACUUUGAUCAUCUCGGGAGAGAACAAGCAUGCUCCUACGUUCGUCGCGGAUUGUUACCAGGUUAGAGUGCCGGAGAACGAGCCUGUCAACACUACUAUAGUGACUGUCAGUGCUACGGACGGAGACGACGGGCCUAACGGAAUGAUUAGGUACAAGAUAUCAGCUGGAAACGAGAGGAACGAAUUCUUCGUGCACUCUAUCACCGGGGCUGUGACCAUUCUCGAACCUCUGGACUACGAUUUGGUGCAAGUUUAUAGAUUGAACAUCACUGCUACCGAUCUGGGGUUCGAGUUAAAGCAGGCCGUGGCUACUUUGACUGUGAACGUGUCUGAUAUCAACGAUAAUCCUCCGACGUUUAAUCAGAGCGUGUACGAAGCCUUUUUGCCGGAGAACUCGCCACCGUUCAGCUUCGUGUAUCAGGUUAUCGCCCGAGACAUCGACUCACCGAAAUACGCCGUUGUCCAAUACAAAAUCCUCGGAGGAACAGGCAAAGACCACUUCCGAAUUCGCGAAGACACCGGCGAGAUCACAUCUCUGAUAAGUUUCGACUACGAAGAAGCGAACGAGUACACUCUCGACAUAGUCGCAGCUAACCCAGACUCGAAUCCUCAAAUGGUCGGCUUCACGACAGUCCUCGUGCACGUCACAGGCGUCAACGAGUACUAUCCGAAAUUCAUUCAGCCCGUGUUCCACAUGGACGUCUCAGAAAGUGCAGAAGUUGGAACCUCUGUCGGUCUGGUUCAAGCAACAGACCAAGAUGCAGGCGAAGACGGAAGAGUGUACUACCUCUUCGUCGGUUCCUCCAACGAUCGAGGCUUCUCCAUCGGCUCCGAAACGGGGAUCAUUCGAGUCUCGCGAAGAUUGGACAGAGAAACUCAGAACAGAGUGGUGUUAACCGUGAUGACGAAGAACGGCGGAGGAAUUCGUGGCAACGACACGGACGAAGCUCAGGUUAUAGUCUCUAUUCAAGAUGGAAACGAUCCACCGGAGUUCCUGCAAAGCACCUACGAUGCCACUGUGUCCGAAGGUGCUGUGCACGGGACGAGAUUGCUGACUGUUAGAGCAGUAGACAAGGACAUCAAACCGCAGAAUAAUCAGUUCUCUUACUCGAUUAUCAGUGGAAACAUUGGGCAAGCUUUCAAAGUAGACCCGCAGACCGGUGAUAUAGAGACUGCUAAGCAGCUGGACAGAGAAACUAUUCCAGCUUACGAUUUGACUAUUGGAGCUAUCGAUACUGGCUCACCGCCUCAAACUGGAACUGCAGCUGUUCACAUAGAAUUGCUGGACAUCAACGAUAACGGACCAAUUUUCGAUCCACCUGAAGUGAUCGGUUACGUGAACGAGAACGAACCUGCUGGAACGAUUAUUAUGACACUCAGUGCUACCGAUCCUGAUCUGCCACCUAAUGGAGCACCGUUUACCUAUAGAUUGGUCGGAGGGAGGCAGGGUGAUAUGGUGACUUUGGAUAAGCAUACCGGGAUGUUGAAGACUACGAGGAGUCUGGAUAGGGAAAUUAUGCCUCAGUUGGAUCUUGUGAUCGAAGUGGAGGAUUCUGGAAUACCGAGAAUGAGGAACGAGCACACGAUUACUGUGAUCGUUACGGAUCAAAAUGACAGUCCAUCGUCACCUAGAUCUGUUCACGUUAUAGUUCAUUCGUUCAACGAACAGAUUCCAUUGGGAAAGAUCGCUGAUGUGCAUCCUAACGAUCCAGAUAUUACUGGAAGCUAUUCCUGUAAGAUUCUUCAAGGAUCGAAUCCUAAGAUUCUUAGUAUUCCUGCCGCUUGUGAUCUUCAUACGAAAAGAAUAACUCCAGGCGUUGGUUAUUCUUUGAGUGUCUCUGGCAACGAUGGUCGUCAUCCUAACGUGGUGUCUAAAGUGACAGUGGAAUUUCUUCUUUUUACUAACAGCACGAUUGAAAAUAGCGUGACACUGCAAGUGGCGAAAUUGAGCGCGAGGGAUUUUUUAAGUCAGUACUAUCGUGCAUUGUUGGACGUGCUGCAAGAGGAAAUCGAUGUUGGGGAUAAUCUUAAGAUUUUUAGCCUUGGAGAGAAUGGGAACGAUUUGAAUAUUCAUCUAGCAGUGGAAUCGCCUCAAGGGUACCGCACUAAAUACGAAGUCACCGAGCUACUAAACCACAAUCGAGACAAAAUUCGAUCUCUUCUCGAGGGAACAACCUUCACAAUCAGCUAUUCACCGUGCAAACACAUACCCUGCGAGAAUGGAGGCUCUUGCAGCGACAAACUAGUCAUCUACGAUGACGCCAGGAUCACCGAUAGUCAAGCGCUGAUCCUCACGUCACCGAGAAUGAUGCACGAAAUGACUUGCAGGUGUCGCGAUGGUUUCACCGGUGAUAGAUGCGAGAGGAGGCAAGAUCCUUGCUCUCCAAAUCCUUGCUUACUGGGAGGACAGUGUCGACGAUUGGGAUACGAUUUCCAGUGUACCUGUCCGAUCGAUCGCGAAGGGAAAUUGUGCGAAUUGGAAAGAGGCGAUGCUUGUGCCAGUAAUCCAUGCAGAAACGGUGGAUCCUGCAGAAAGAGUCCUGACAGCUUCAGUUUCUUCUGUCUGUGUCGUGCUGGCUACAGAGGAAACCACUGUGAGGCAGUCACAGACUCCUGCAGACCUAACCCUUGCCUCUACGGAGGUUUAUGCGUAGGAGAGAAACCUGGCUACAGAUGCAGCUGUCCAGAGGGUCGCUACGGAAGACACUGUGAAAGAUCUACAUUCGGAUUCGAGGAGCUGUCCUACAUGGCCUUCCCAGCCCUAGACUCAAACACAAACGACAUAACAAUCGUAUUUGCAACUACCAAACCAGAUGCACUGCUACUGUACAACUAUGCACCUCAAAGUGGAGGACGUUCAGAUUUCGUGGUGCUGGAACUGGUGAACGGAAGAGUGGUGUUCUCUUACGGAGGUGCGAGAAGUGCCAUUACCUCGAUUACCAUUAAAACGGAGAAUUCUGUGUCCGACGGAGAAUGGAGGAAAGUGACGGCGACCAGAAACGGAAGGGUCGUGUCUCUGAGCGUGUCUAUGUGCAGGGAACAUGGAGAUAUCUGCGACGAUUGCAGACCUGGCGAUGGAACUUGCUACGCUGACGACGUAGGACCUACCGGGACCUUGAAUUUCAACAACAACCCACUCCUCGUGGGAGGACUCGAGAAUGCGGACCCGGUGCUCGAGAGACCGGGCCAAGUCCACUCGGACGACUUCGUAGGAUGCGUCCACUCUGUCUCCAUAAACGGGAGAGCCCUCAAUCUGUCGAAUCCACUUGCCUCGCGAGGUGUCAAGUCUACGUGCAUCAGAUCGAAGAAGAAUCCUUGCCUCAGAGAAGGAAAAGACUCCACUUCGGUUUGCGGAGGCGUCAACACCAAGUGUUACGACAAAUGGCACCAAAUCACCUGCCAGUGUGGCUCGUUAACCGCUCCUAAUUGCGAGGGAGCACUGGAACCUCUUACUCUGAGCGAGGGUGGAUACGUCGAAUUCAAAAUCUCGGAGAAACAUAGAAGAAUGCAGUUACUGGAGUAUCUCUACGGAGGAUCGACGGUGUGGUACAAGAACAGAGCGAAGAGGACAGUCAACGAGGACAGUAGCUUCAUGAGCAACUCGUCUCCGUUUAAAACUGUCGGGCUGAUGUUCAGAACGGUGAAACCUGACGGAAUUCUCAUCUACGCUGCCACCAACAAACACUUCACAUCGGUAGAGCUACGCAACGGACAACUGUUCUACGCGUCUCUCCUCGGUUCACCCGUGAACAUGUCAGCGAACAUCGAAGGAAGCCUGGCGGACGGUCACUGGCACAACUUGACCCUUCACUCCUACUUCCGAGGGCUAAGACUUUUCAUCGACGGCGUUCAAACCGGCGAAGAAUUGGAUUCCGCCGGUGUCCACGACUUCCUCGACCCUUACUUGUCGGUCCUAUCGAUCGGUGGAGUCAGCCAAGACCUCUACUACGCUCACAGCGCUGGCGCCAGGAGCUUCGAGGGUUGUUUGGCCAAUUUCACCAUCAACAACGAGAUCCAGCCUUUCAACGGGUCCGGCUCGAUCUUCAAAGAGGUGUUGUACCAUGGAAAAGUGAACACCGGUUGCAGAGGACUGAUAGGAAUCAGCGCAGCCGCGACAGCUGAUCCUCUCAGCAUUGGAAUCACCCUGGUCAUAGUCUUCUUCGUGAUUCUACUCAUAGCUAUCCUGGUUAGCUUCAUCGUUUUCCGUCUGAGACGACAGAACAAGGAGAAAUCAGCACCGUCGGUGGUGAACAAGAACACCAACGCUAUAAUGACAGGAAAUCCUCUGGUCGGCAGCGGAAACGACAGUUUAAUGUCCAGACACGAGAACACCUACAUCUCCGACACGUCUGAUUUACGCGGAGUAGGUCACAUGGGACCGGAAUUGAUCUCGAAGAAGUACAAAGAAAGAGAGAUCAACGCAACAACCGAACACAGACCGCAGAGGCCUGAUAUCAUCGAGAGAGAAGUGACGAAAUCUCCGCCUAUCAGAGACGAACAUCCUCCUCUACCACCGCCUGCCCAAUCGUCUCUCCACUCCCACGAGCACAAUCCAGAACCUGAUAUGCCGGAGCAUUAUGAUUUAGAGAACGCGAGUUCCAUAGCCCCGAGUGACAUCGACAUCGUCUACCAUUACAAGGGCUACCGCGACGGAAUGAGGAAGUACAAGGCCACUCCUCCGCCGAUCAACAAUUACGCCAAUCACCAUAAACACACCGGACAACAGCACAGACACACCGGACCGUUUCCACCUAGAGCUCUGCCUCCGCCAAACGUCAGUCAACCACCUGGACCGACUCAGAAACUGCUACAAAGCACUCCUUUGGCUAGACUAUCUCCUAGCAGCGAAUUAUCCGCUCAACAGCCUAGAAUACUAACUCUCCACGACAUCAGCGGCAAACCUCUGCAAAGUGCUCUCCUAGCCACCACGUCUUCCUCCGGUGGAGUCGGAAAAGACGCUCUCAACUCCAACAGCGAGAGAAGCCUCAAUUCCCCGAUAAUGAGCCAAUUAUCGGGGUCAACGGCUAGUCGAAAGGCGCCUCAAUCGAACAACGAGAACUCCGUGAACAACGUGUCAUCCGUCCCAAUGGGGCUAACAGCGGAAGAGAUCGAAAGAUUGAACUCCAGGCCGAGAACCUCGAGUCUCGUGUCCACUCUAGACGCGGUUAGUUCCUCGAGCGAAGCUAGAGGACCUCCGACACACGGUCCUCUUCAUCUCCACCGAAGGCACACUCCACCGGUGGAGAGACUGGAAAGAAGGAACUCUUCGACGACCGACGAGAGCGGAAACGACAGUUUCACCUGUUCGGAGUACGACAACACGUCUCUGGUAGGCGACAAGAGGUCGGACAAUCCGUUCGCCAAGCAAGACGACGAAGAGGUGAAUCAAAGGAGCAACGAGUCCUCGCAAACGACGAAACCUCCUCUGCCGCCCAACGUGAACUACGACGGAUUCGACAGUUCUUUUCGCGGGUCUCUCAGUACUUUGGUAGCCUCCGACGACGAACUGUCCACGCAUAUGGGAGGAUUGUACAGACCGACGAACAGCGGAUCACCGUCGACCACCACCACAGCGUUGAGCUGGGAUUAUCUGUUGAACUGGGGACUGAAUUUCGAUAGUUUGGUAGGAGUGUUCAUCGACAUCGCGGAGCUACCAGACAGUGCCAAUUGUGUUCCAAGUACGCUUAGACUGCCAGCUAGUAUACCCAAGCCAUCCGAGGAGUACGUCUGA